AUGACAACUGCGGCGCGCACAACGGGUGCGGAGGCACAGUCGGAGGAGCUGCGGAGGAGAAAUGUAGCCUCACAAGCGGAGACUACUCCCGUAGUAGCAGCAGCGCCUACGAGGGAGAAGUCCAAGGAGAAGGCGUUUGACAUCAUCUCCUUCCUCGACGAGUACGAAUUCAUUUGGGCACCGCUCAUCUUCACCUUCUUUGCCUUCUUUACCCGCAUGUAUAAGAUUGGACUUUCGCCAAUUGUUACCUGGGACGAAGCUCAUUUUGGCAAAUUCGGAUCUCACUACCUCAAGCGCGAAUUCUACUUCGAUGUCCACCCUCCGCUCGGAAAGAUGCUCGUUGGUCUCUCGGGAUACCUCGCAGGAUACAAUGGCUCGUUCGAGUUCAAGUCUGGCGAGACUUACCCGGAAGAACUCAACUACACCUUCAUGCGUCUCUUCAACUCCGCUUUCGGUGCCGUCUGCGUUCCUCUAGCAUACUUCACCGCAAAGGAGCUGAACUUCAGGAGGCCAACCGUCUGGUUCGUCACUCUGGCCGUCCUCUGCGAGAACUCGUACACCACCAUCAGCCGCUUCAUUCUUCUCGACUCCAUGCUCCUCUGCUUCACCUUCACGACAGUCUUCUGCUGGUCCAAGUUCCAUCGCCAGCAGAAGGACCCGUUCUCGCCUGAGUGGGGUCUAUGGCUGAUGCUGACUGGUGUAUCGAUUGGAUGCGUCUGCAGUGUGAAAUGGAUUGGUUUCUUCGUGACUGCCCUGGUCGGACUCUACACCAUUGAGGAUCUCUGGAACAAGUUUGGCGAUCUUAAGAUGCCCAAGAUUGAGCUAUUCACACACCUGGUCUUCCGUGUCUUCGGUCUUAUCCUCAUUCCUCUAGCGGUCUACACCUUCAAUUUCUACUUGCAUUUCCUCAUUCUGGAGAACAGCGGACCCGGAGAUGCUCAGAUGAGCUCGCUCUUCCAGGCCAACUUGCGCGGAACCGAGGUCGGCAAGGACAGCCCACUUGAGGUCGCAUAUGGCUCUCGCGUCACCCUGAAGAACAUGGGUUACGGUGGCGGAUUGCUCCACUCUCACGUCCAGACCUACCCAGAGGGCUCCAUGCAGCAGCAGAUUACGUGUUACCACCACAAGGACGCAAACAACGACUGGUUCUUCUACCCCAACCGUCAUGAGGUUGACUACCAGCCCGAUGAGGAGCUUCGAUUCCCCAAGGACAAGUCUGUCAUCCGAUUGAUUCACGCGCAGACCGGCCGAAAUUUGCACUCUCACGCAGUUGCUGCACCUGUCACCAAGGCCGACUGGGAAGUUUCUUGCUAUGGCAACACCACCGUUGGCGACACAAAGGAUCAUUGGGAGAUCCAGAUUGUACGCGAUGCGGCUUCCAACGACCGCUCCAAGGUCCGUACACUCACCACUGCUCUUCGCUUCAAGCACGUGGAUCUUGGGUGCUACCUUCGUGCUGGCAAUGUCAACUUGCCGCAGUGGGGUUUCAAGCAGAUUGAGACUACUUGUGUCAAGUCAAACAACCCGCGUGAUGUGUACACUCACUGGAACAUCGAGAGCCAUGUCAAUGACAGACUUCCAGCUGGUAAUCCUGGUGACUACAAGUCUCCUUUCUUCCAGGACUUCAUCCAUCUCAACGUCGCCAUGAUGACCUCCAACAAUGCGCUUGUACCCGAUCCUGAUAAGCAGGACGAUCUUGCCUCUUCUUUCUGGGAAUGGCCUUUUCUUCAUGUUGGUCUUCGUAUGUGUGGAUGGAACGACGAUAUCGUCAAGUACUUCCUCCUUGGCAACCCCUUCGUUUACUGGGGUAGCACUGCCAGUCUCGGCAUCUUUGGUCUGAUAGUCAUUUGGUACACCGUGCGCUGGCAACGCGGUUACAAUGACCUGAAGCAGGCCGACAUUGACCAGAUCCACUACUCCGGGUUAUAUCCUAUCAUCGGAUGGGCACUGCAUUACGUUCCCUUUGUGGCUAUGGGUCGUGUUACUUACGUCCAUCAUUAUUAUCCUGCGCUCUGGUUCGCCAUCAUCGUGAUGGGCUUCUGUGUUGAUUGGGCAACCAGAGGACUGAACAAGAAGGUACAGUGGGGUAUUUUCAGCGCCCUGUACGUUAUCAUCAUUGGACUAUACUGGCUCUUCAGGGCCAUUAGCUUCGGUAUGGUUGGCCCGAGCAGCCAGUGGUCGCACCUCAAGUGGUUCGAUAGCUGGAGGAUCACCGAUUAG